AUGACCCAUAGCAAGACCAGACAGGAACCUGAAAAUAGAAGCAAAAGGGUCCAGCUUUGCAUCGUGACAAAACCAGCUCCAACACCAAACUUCUGGGUUCAGGACAGAAAAACAGGUCAGAGGAGGCCAAGGUGCAACUUUCUUCCAUCAUCUCACAUCCAGGUACCUCUGACACCAGCCACCUCCACCUUACUGCCUAAGUUCAACCCCAACAAGAUUAAUGUUGCAAACCUGAGGUACGCCAGUGGGGAAGUCAGAGCCAUGUCUUCCCUGGCCCCCAAGAUCAAGCCCGUGGGUCCAUCUCCAAAAAAGUUUGGCAGUAACAUCACCAAGCUAAUGGUUAAAUUUUUUCUUCGGAGGAGUCAAGGACUGAAGUUGCUGCAGACCUGUUUGGAUUUGCUGCCGGGACUUGCCCUCCAUGCCUCGCCGCUCUUGGGUUCUUCGGCUCUGUCUGCUGCCGUGGCCCAAGCUGACAUCGCCCUGAUUGGAUUGGCCGUCAUGGGCCAGAACUUAAUUCUGGACAUGAAUGACCAUGACUUUGUGGUCUGUGCUUUUAAUAGGACCAUCUCCAAAGUUGAUGAUUUCAUGGCCAGUGAGGCAAAGGGAACCAAAGUGGUGGGUGCUCAGUCGCUGAAGGAGAUGGUCUCCAAGCUGAAGACACCCCAGUGGAUCAUCCUCUUGGUGAAGGCUGGGCAAGCAGUUGAUUUCAUCGAAAAACUGGUACCAUUGUUGGACACUGGUGACAUCAUCAUUGAUGGAGAAAAUUCUGAAUAUAGGGACACCACAAGAUGGUGUCUUGGCCGACACCUCAAGGCCAAGGGAAUUUUAUUUGUGGGGAUCGGAGUCAGUGGAGGAGAGGAAGGGGCUUGGUAUGACCCAUCACUCAUGCCAGGAGGGAACAAAGAAGCAUGGCCCCACAUCAAGACCAUCUUCCAAGGCAUUGCUGCAAAAGUAGGAACUGGAGAACCCUGCUGUGACUGGGUGGGAGCAGGCCACUUCAUGAAGAUGGUGCACAGCAGGAUAGAGUAUGGGGACAUGCAGCUGAUCUGUGAGGCAUACCACCUGAUGAAAGACGUGCUGGCCAUGGUGCAGGACAAGAUGGUGCAGGCCUUUGAAGAUUGGAACAAGACAGAGCUAGACUUAUUCCUGAUUGAAAUCACAGCCAAUAUUCUUAAGUUCCAAGAUGCGGAUAGCAGACAUCUGCUGCCAAAGAUCAGGGACAGCAUGGGGCAGAAAGGCACGGGGAAGUGGACUGCCAUCUCCACCCUGGAGUACGGCAUACCCGUUACCCUUGGAGAAGCUGUCUUUGCUCGGUGCUUGUUAUCUCUGAAGAAUGAGAGAAUUCAAGCUAGCAAAAAGCUGAAGGGUCCCCAAAAGUUCCAGUUUGAUGAUGAUAAGAAAUCAUUCCUGAAGGACAUUCAGAAGGCCCUCUAUGCUUCCAAGAUCAUCUCUUAUGCUCAAGGCUUUAUGCUGCUAAGGCAGGCAGCCACCAAGUUUGGCUGGACCCUCAAUUAUGGUGGCAUCGCCCUGAUGUGGAGACUGAGCUGCAUCAUCAGAAGUGUAUUCCUAGGAAAGAUGAAGGAUGUAUUUGAUCGAAACAAGGAAUUCCAGAACCUCCUACUGGACGACUUCUUUAAGGCAGCUGUUGAAAACCGUCAGGACUCCUGGCGGCCAGCAGUCAGCACUGGGAUCCAGGCUGGCCUUCCCACACCUUGUUUUACCACUGCCCUCUCCUUCUAUGACAGGUACAGACACAAGAUGCUUCCAGCCAACCUCAUUCAGGCUCAGCAGGAUUAAUUCAGGGCUCACACCUAUGAACUCUUGGCCAAACCAGGGCAGUUUUUCCACACCAAUUGGACAGGCCACAGUAACAGUGUGUCAUCCUCAUCAUACAAUGCCUAAUAAUGCUGCUUCUGUCACCUUCCACGAUUCCACAGACCAGGACAUUACAUGUGCCUCAUGACAUGCCCACAUGGCCCUUUGCCCUAUUUUUUGUUCAAAAUUUUUUUUUUAAGCGUUGUAAGCGAUUUCUGAGGAAGGCACAGAGUUCAUUUGUAAAGUAGCUCUGUGAGAGCUGCUGUGCCUGCUGCCCUUGCCUCUUGGGACCGACCAGGAGCUGUUCAUGUGCAUGGGUGUGGGAACCUCGUCCUCACAGCAGGGGCCUCCAUUUUCUCCGUGCUGGUGCGGUCCCCAUCACACAGACGGGAAGGGUGUCUGUGCACUCUGAUUAACUGGAACCUCUGUAUCAUGUGGCUCAAUUCCCUUUUCCUUUAUUCAAUAAAACUGACAUCAGACUGA